GUUGUUCAUCCGGCUUGACCCGUCGUUGUUUGAGGUUGUCCCGCAUACAUCAAAGAAAUAAACUCGACAUCGACAUUAUCAUCAUCGUCGCACGCACAUCCUACUCUACCCGUAUCAACUUUUACAAUAAAGACGUCUGAGAAUCUUUAUCUAUAUUUCUUCUUCACAUUUUUCGGUUGCUGUAGGCGAACAUUGACGAAAGAUUGCAACCAUCAUCUCAUUUCGUUGCCGAAAUUCAUUUCUAUUCGAGCCAGAUCCUUGAUACUCUUUCAAACAUGGGCGCCGUUUCAGCUGUUCUUAUCGUUCUGAUAACCAUCCUUUUUCCUCCCAUCGGCGUCUGGGCCGUUGCGGGAUGUGGUGCCGACCUCUUAAUCAACAUUUGUCUCACCGUCCUCGGUUACAUCCCAGGACAUAUCCACGCCUUUUAUAUCGAGUACGUCUAUUACGAUCGUCGAGAAGAAGCCAGAGAAGGUCGCUAUGCCGCCCGUCGAGCUCCGGGUGUCUAUAGUGAUCGCGUACAAACCGGUGGUCGUGGGUAUGGUACAAUAGAUCAGCCAACUUAUUAAGUAGUUAGUUAGCUCUCGAGAGGGAGGGUAUGCUUGAUUUUCAAGAUUCAUGAGGAUGGCUUAAUUAAUAAUAAGACAACCUGGAGGGAGAGUAGCGUUUUGUCCUUUUUUUUUGUCUACCUUGAAAUGUAUUUUCAUUCAUUCCUGGCGAUCAAUAAUCCGCCACAAAAGACGUCAGUUGAAAUUUAUUAUAUUUAUAUGACAGAUAUCCAAGAUGAUUAUGUUGCUAUGAAAGAAAGAAAGGCAGACCUGAAUGAAUGCUCAGUUUUGGUGUUGCAGGGAUACUAGGUAUAAGU